GUGGCGUGCGUGGGUCAAGAAGUGAGGUUUUAAGAGCAGCCAUUGCAGACCUUUUCUCUACACUUUAUACACAAAAGCCUAAUUCAAGCACCACAACAACCACAAUGUCUUCCUUAAAUUCCCCUCAAAUUCGUGAACCUAAACCCGAAUCGGAAACCCCAAUUCAAGAAUUCUUGGAUCCACGAUCCAAUAAGGAUACGCCAGAGACCCUACAAAAUCAAGCAGAAGACACCCUUUUGGAAAAAGAUUCAGUAGAAUCAAUUAAAGAACCCAAUGGAGGCGAAGAAGAGGAGGAGGAGGAGGGGGAAUGUGGAUUUUGCUUAUUUAUGAAAGGGGGUGGCUGUAAAGACACUUUUAUAGAGUGGGAAAAUUGUGUGGAAGAAGGAGAGAAGAACAAAGAAGAUAUUGUGGAGAAGUGUUUUCAUGCCACUGCUGCUUUGAAAAAGUGUAUGGAAGCUCAUUCUGAUUAUUAUGCGCCAAUUUUGCUGGCUGAGAAGGUGGCUGAGGAAGAGGCUGUGAAGGAAUUGGAAAAAGAAAAAGAAAAAGAAAGGUUGAAUAGCCUAGGGGAUGAUGAAAAAUCGGGAUGAGAAAUAAAGUAGGAAACAUUGGAUGGUUCUCAACAAAAGAAAGAAUCUUGAAUUGAGGGUUUUGGAGAAUCUGUUUUAACAAACUUAUGAUUUUUACGGAUGUUCAAGGUGUUAGGAGAAUUUUUUUGAGCAAAUGGAGACAGACGAGGUCUGAAUAAAAGGAUCUGUGGCGUCCCCUGUAGUAAUGUUCACACUCGAGUGCCUUCAACUGUUUAAGAAAUUUCUCCAUGAAAUAUACAAGUCGGAGUUUGAAGAAGUGGAAGAGAAAGAUCCCUUAAGCCCCAAGAUGGAGGCCCUGCACUUUUGAGCCUAGAAGUUUAUGGCAAAAGAUCCUAAUUUUGCACUCUAUAUGAAAUAGUUGGUGCUUUUUCUUACUUUAAAACAAGAUGCCCAUUAAGAAAUGAGUACAUAUAAUUUAUAUUAUUGUGUUGUGAACUUUAAAUAUUAUAAGAGCAAUGUGUUAUUUGCACAGAAUAUGAAUAUAGAGGCCAAAGCAUUGUUUCAAAUUACAUAUAACACUCACCAUCAUAAUCAAAUAUCAACUUCAGUUGGUGAAA